UAUCACAAACACAGAAAAUGAUAAAAAAUGUACUGAAACUUUAUGAAUACAUUGCUUACUGUCACGUCAUAUCCUGCUGUAGUAUAUAAUGAUAUAUUAGGUCAAUUAAAUUAUCAUUGUUCAGCACACACAAGCACUGAUAUACACUCACACACACCAAUAGGAAUGAGUCGAAUCUUCAAAGGUAGUAAUGAAAUUAGAUCAUCAUUAAUCAACUGUUAGACUCGUUUCCAAAGACAUAAUGAAUGAAAUGUGAAUGGACAGAAAGUGUCAACUGUUAUGGAGAAAACACAUUAGGAAACAUGGAUGGUCUUAUAUUUUCAAAGAAAUGGAAAGAGUGAGCCUCUGAAAACAAAAGGAGAAUUCAAAUAAAUUUUUGAAGAAAAUGAGUGUUUGAGACAAGUCCUUACUGAGAAACAGUAAAUUCCUGGUUAUAAAAACAGUUACAAAGGGAAAACAUGUGUACAAAGAACCUUAGAUUCAAGUGUAUCUGAUCUAUUUUAGGCAUAGCUAGUAGAUUCUGUGACUGAAACAGGAUAAAUGAGAGAGACGCUAUUAGGUAAAGAAUUUAGGUUGGUUAAGGGCAAAAAGAAAGAUUAGGCUAUAAAGUCAAUAAUUAGAACUAUGGUUUUUAUUAUAAGUGAUGUCUAAAAACAUUAAUUUUGUCUAUGAAGUAGUGUUUCACAUUCAGAAGACAAAAGAGGCAAAUUGAAAGUGUAUGUGGCUUGGCUUCUUAAAGUCUUGAUAAGAAUUUUGUAAGAACUUAUACCAAAUUCUUGAUGAAAUUUUGAAUUUGGAAUGUUUUUGACCUCUACUUCAGCAGUAAUAUUCUCUUUUGGCUGUGACAGUAUGAUGGUUAAUUUAAAAAAUAAGAGGAAAAUCUACUACAACAUGCUAGUUGUUUACAUAAUUUCUUUAUUCGCAGGAAAACAGCAAGGACCAUACCAGUGACAUAAUAGCCUUGGAAUUGCGACCUCAGCGAUGGUCCUGGCCAGAGUACACUAAGCUGAGGUCCGCUCAACGAUGUGGCCUAGAAAGUCAAGGUCACAAACCCGCCCACGUGAUAGAUUUCACAGGGUGAAAGUCUAUAUCCUGAAGGAUGAUGAAAAAUGGGAACAUCUAGGCUCAGGACGAAUUUCAACUAAAUACAUUGGACGCCUGCAGGGCGUUUGCCUGAUUGUUCACUCAAAAUCAAACGACUCACUGAUAAUGGAGAGCAUAAUAUAUCCUGAUGUGUCAUAUAGAAAAGUAAAAAGGAAUUUAAUUAUUUGGACUGAACCUAAUAACCGUACCAUGGCAAUUCGCUUCCGAAACCCAGAGGGUUGUCAAGAUACCUGGGGAGAUAUCUGCCAAGUUCAAGGUAAAGAUCCAAGUGUACGAAUCACACAAGAACUUACAGAUUUAGACGUUUUUCAACUGCCCGAGAUCCAGAAUCUGUGUGAGAUGCGAACCUGUGAAAACAGCACUCUUGAAAACAUUGCACAUUUAUUUAAUUUUGUUCAGGAUUCGCCAAGCUACAAGGAAAGGCUGGCUUUUCUUUUGGAAAAGGAAGAUUACAUUAAAAACUUGCUGCAGAUCUUCCACAUUUGUGAAGACCAGCAGAACAUUGAAGGCUUAUAUUUUUUAUAUUUCAUUAUUAAAGGAAUCUUAUUUCUCAACAACAUGCGUUUGUAUGAGAUCAUGUUUUCUGACGAAUGCAUCAUGGAUGUCUUGGGCUGCCUUGAGUAUGACCCUGUUUUGGCUCAGCCAUAUCGGUACAGGGAAUUCUUGACUGAAAAUGCAAAAUUCAAGGAAGUUAUGCCAAUAACAUGCUCUGAACUCAGGCAAAAAAUAGACCAGACAUACAGAAUGCAAUAUAUUCAUGGCAUUCUAUUUCCUACACAGUCCAAAUUGCAACAGCACCACCUUUCUGAUCUUAAAGAUUUUAUUUUUUACAAUAAAAUUGAAAUAGUUACCAUGCUGCAGAAAGAUGACAAGUUUUUGUUUGAUGUAUUUGCUCAGUUAAAAGAUAAUACUCUAGGUCAUGAAAGACGGCUUGAGUUGUUAUUGUUUUUCAAGGAAUUCUGUGCAUUUGCUAAGAUAUUAAAUUCCCAAAAGAAAGAAAAAUUACUGAAAACAUUGAUAAAGCUUGGACUCAUGAGCGUGCUGAAAUUUUCAGUACAUAUGCAAGACUACCAAACAAAAGAAGCUGCUAUAGAUAUAUUUACUUAUCUAGUAGAAUAUAACCCACAAAUCAUUAGAGUGUAUGUAAUGGAAGAAGAGCAGAUCAGUGAAAAUGAUGAUGAUCUUCUCAUCAAUAUAAUGAUCAAACAAAUAAUCUGUGAUCCAGAUCCUGAAUCUUCAUAUGUUUUAAGUUUGACCGCAGUUCUACGUGCUCUUCUUGAUCCAGAACGGAUGCGCAUAACAGCGAAUGGAUCUGAAAAAAGCAAAUUUAUGAAUUUCUUCUCUACUCAUUGUAUGAAUAUCUUGGCAGCACCAAUUUUAUCUAUCAUCGGACAAAGUGAUAGUGAUGAUAAUAGGGCCAACAUCUGUCUUGAUAAUUACCAAAAUGCACAAUUGCUUGGAGUAGUUUUAGAUUUACUCAGCUUUUGUGUAAAACACCACACAACUUACAUUGGAAAUUUUGUUUUGGACAACAACUUGCUCAGCAGAGUCCUGGUGCUGCUGAGUUCAAAGCACAAGUUUCUGGUUUUGUGUGCUAUCAGGUUUAUGAGACAGAUGAUUGGACUUAACGAUGAAAUAUAUAAUUUUUACAUAAUAAGAAAAAAUCUUUUUGAACCUGUUGUAAAUGCUUUUUUACAUAAUGGGACACAAAAUAAUAUGCUAAACUCAGCUAUUAUGGAGCUAUUUGAAUUUAUAAGAGAGGAAAACAUCAAGUCUCUUAUUGUAAAUAUUGCAGAAAAUUUUUUUAUGGCUUUUGAAUCAGUUGUGUGUGUCCAGACAUUUAAAGGUUUGAAAGUUAAUUUUGAAGAAGAGAAGGAAAGAGAAAGUGAAGUGAGAAGGAAUUUACGUAAUAUAAUAAACCAGACAAUAUACUGCAGACAUAUGAAAGCAAUGGAGGUAAAAGUCAAGAAAGAAAUAUGUUCUGAAGAAAGUACUGCAGUUAUUAUACCAAUGGGAAGUGAUUUUCCAAAUCGUUAUGACGUGUUUAUAAGAAUUAAAGAUGCAAGUGAAAAUGAAGUAGAACUGCCAGAAAGAAAAGCAUCUGAAGCAUUUGAAUGUUCUUCAUCCAAUUCUGAUGCUUCUGCUAAUAGGAAGAGUGAGCCACACUAUAGCAACAAGUUUCCUUUAGUGGACUACUCAGAUGAUGACGAUGAGAACAAGAAGAAGAAUGAAGACUAUCAUGACAUUGUUGAAGAGGAAGAACCUCCUCCCAAAAGACAUAAACUUGGUUCAUAAAAUCAGACAAGGCCCUCAACUUUUGAUUAAAAUAAAAUUCUAUAAAUAUCAUAAACUGAAAAAUCUAAUUAAAAAAUCUUUCUCUUAUGGACUUUUAGAUAUGGUAUUAUAAGUAGCAAAAUGAUGAAUAAAAAGCAAUUUUUAUGAGGAAUAUCUACCAUAACAUAGAUUCAUAGCAUAAAAUAACUACCCCCGAGUGAUAAAUUCUUAUCAGGAAUAUCCUAUUUUGGCAGCAAGGUUUGGGAGGAGGAAACAGUCUGAUAAAGUAAUACAAUUUUUCAUUCUUGUCUUUAUAUUACAAACAACACAAAAGUUUUAUUGCAAAGCCUAUUUCAAACAAGGUUCUAGCAAUAGCAUUCUUUUCAUAAAUUGAAGUUUUCGAAAGAACCUUUUGUAUGUGUAGAAGAAAAAGUCAAUAUUACAGUAAAAAUAAAGUGAAACUUCCAACUUUUUGUGAAGAUUUAGCAAAGUCUUAGCAUUUUGAAUAACAGGAGGGAAGCGAAUUUCACUAAAAUUAAGUGCAUACAUUCAUGAAUGAAAUAAACUGGAUCCUAAAUGAGCUGCUGUUAAUGUACUUCUUUAUAGAUGAGAAAUAUCAAGUAUCACUAUCAGUACAGUACUUUUUCUAAUAAGCAUUCUCUAGUUCUUCUGGGAAUGAAACAGGAUGCACCAAAUAUUCGGAUUAUUAAAGAUAUUUCUUCAUUCAUUAAUGAAGAUUCGUUGUUUUCUUCAGAGUCAUAGACACACAAUAGGAUAUACAUAUUUUUUUCUGGUGAGGGAAUACAUUCAUCCCAGUGGGGGAUGAUAGAAGAGUAGACUAGUCAAUGGUGGGAGGAAUCUAAAGCAGCAUGUCACAUUGCACCCACUAUCAAUAAGCAACUAAACAAAUCCUGAUGCUUACCUCAGUUUCUCUUUAGUCCAGGACAUCAGUCCAUCACACAGUGUCACACACAUUCAAGCUAUGUCUUUCAUAUUCACUAAUUCCAAUCUUUAAAAACUACUUCAUAAAUAUGCCAAGAAAUUUGUCUCCUAAGUAUACAUUCUAUUAAUUCUCACUAAUUGACCCCUUGCUUAUUUAACAUAUAACUUUUAAAUCAUAACUUUCGACAUCUUGCCCCAAAAGGCUCAUGCCAUUUCAUAUGGCAAAAUGUAUUCAGUCUAACCCACAAACAUGCCUGGGGCACCCUGCCCCUGGCACUGAGGAGAUAAUACAAACCUGCCCAGGCCCAUUAAGACUGAGCAGGUGAAGGAGACACAGGAAGGCCUGCUCUGGGCACCAAGGAGAAAACAUGGACUGGGCAGUUGGACGGUAUUAUGCACUGGAGAAAGCAGUCCCUGGCUGGACCUUGCCUUGGAAGCACAGUAGAGCUAACCCUAUUGAUUGGAGGGGCACAUGUGAGGCAGCUCCCUGAAGAACAUGAACAAGGGAGAACCGGCUCUACUCCUCAUCUACCAUACUGUGGACUGGGAAAAAGAGAGAUGCCCACCACCUCUCUCAGCCUGUGACAGUGUGAAAGCUGGCCCUGAGGUCGUGAGAUCAUGAGAGCUGGACCUCAUCCUCUCUAGCUGUAGCACUUCAGAAAGUGACUCCUGUACUUCACCUGGGCAACAAAGCAGAACUGGCCCUGGUGGUGUAAGUGUGGAUGAGCCAGGCAUAAGGGCAUGAGAGCAAGAGAACAGGCCCCAGUCCCUUGAUCCUUGCUGCAAGGGAUGAACUAACCAGGGCAACAUGGCAGACUGACCAAUGCUACAAGUUCUCAGGUCCAGAACCAGUGCUAUGGGGUGGCUCACCCCAAUAUCUAGGGGUUGGCUCACCCCAAUAUCUAUCCCAUCUGUGAUCUGCUGUAGCACAUGAAGGUCUGGUCCUGCAGAUCCAAAGCUGGAGGAUCUCCAUGACACAAGGCAAGAACAGGAUAUCUAAGAGAAGUGCCAGUAUGGGCCUGAUAUCAAUAGUGUAGCAGAAACCAGAAGCCUGGAACAAGACCAAUGACUUUUGGCAAUGAACACUUACAGGUAAAGCUAUAUGGACUAAGGAAUAUACUGUGUGGAUUGCUUUGUCACACUAAAGCUUCCAUGAUGAGAUUCUCUCUCUCUCUCUCUCUCUCUCUCUCUCUCUCUUGUUUUAUUUUAUUUUGUUAGAGAAGAGAAGUUGCAAGGGCAGGGAGUGGAUAUAAAAGGAUGGGGAGAUGAGUGGGAUCAAGACACAUGAUAUGAAAGCCACAAAGAAUAAAUAAAAAGUUAAAAAAUAUACAUUUAGUCUAACUGCAAAACAUUCCAUAGUCUUUAAUGGUUUCACCUUUGCUCAAAAGUAUAAGGACAGAGUCUCUUCAGAGACUCAGAUUCUCUUUAGCUGUGAGCUCUCAUAUCAUAAAAUUAAAAAAUAUACUGGUAACUUUU